UGUCUAUCCUUUUCAUACAAUGAGAGGUAGAGAUGGUAUAACGAGGGAACGCAAACUCCGAGCUUACUAAUUAAAGCUUUAUAAUCGAAGCUGUCCAAGGAUCUAUUGCGUUCUAUCAAGUGGCAUAUGCUAUAGCCUCUAAAUACUAAUAGUACCCUGGGUCCCUAACGUCUGAUUGCAGAAUGGCAGAACCUGUCUGCAUCUCUCCUUUCCCCAUCAAAAACAACCUAACAAAACAGUUUGGCUCAGAAAUCCUUAACUGUGAUCACUUGAAGUUCUUGAACCAUGUCCGUCUACGUUGUCACAGGGGUGUCCAAGGGAAUUGGCUUCGAAUUCCUUCGGCAGCUGUCGGAAGAUAAGGACAACCUGGUCAUUGGUCUUGUCCGUAACAAGGCUGCGACCGAGAAGAAGGUUGCCGCGGAGCUGGGCGACCGCCCCAAUGUACGCAUCCUCCAUGGAGACCUCACCAACUACGCCAGCCUGAAGGAGGCGGCCGCCGAGACGGCCAAGAUCGUUGGCGACCGUGGCGUCGACUACCUGGUUGCCAACGCCGGUCUCGUGCCCGAGUUUGAUGCUUACGGACCUGUCAGCGCAUUGGCCGAUAAGAUCGAAGAGGUCGAUGCUGGUGCUGCCGAGACAUUCCAGACAAAUGUCACCGGCCAGCUCCACCUCUUCAACCUCUUUGUUCCCCUGAUCAAGAAGGGCAAGGCCAAGAAGGUCAUAGCUAUCUCAUCUGGCGUGGGCGACAUCGACUUGACCAACCAAUGCGAGAUGGACGUUGGCCCAAUCUAUGCCGCAUCCAAGGCCGCCCUGAACAUUAUCGUGGCCAAGUUCAACGCGGAAUACAAGAAAGAGGGCAUUCUCUUCUUGAGCAUCAGCCCGGGCCUGGUAGAAGUCGGUCGCUAUGAUAAUGCCACGCCAGAGCAGAUGAAUGCCAUGAUGGGGCUCGUGGGCAAGCUCGCAUCGUAUGCUCCCCACUUCAAGGGUCCAAUCACCCCGGAGGAAUCGGUCAAGGCUGUUCGGUCCGUCUGGGAGAAGGCUAGCAUUGAGGAGGGAUAUGGUGGUGCGUUCAUCUCGCAUCUGGGUAACAAGCAAUGGGUGUGAAAAUGCUUGCAUGCCAGGCGCCUAGUACAUGCCCUUUCUCUUUUUUACUACCUAGGUUCAACAGUUAGUAACUCUGGAAACAAAGAAUGGAUGUUCG